AUGGCGCCCAAGGUGAUCCCCGGGGCGCCUCCCCCUUUGGCCACCAAGUCCAAGAAGAAGGCCAAAAAGCCAUCGUCCGAAGCCGCUCCUGCCGCCCCCAACACUGCCGCUCCCGUGGCGAAUGCCGCCUCGGCCGCGCUCAUCGAACAGUCGCCCGCCGGUCCCACCGAAGUGGCGCCGCAGCUCAAGGUCAGCAGCAACGACCUCGCCGACGAGGCCGAGAAGCACACGGCUAUCGCCGCCGUCGACGCCCUCGAGUCGUCGUCGACCGCCCAGCAGCCUGCCACACCCCCCCCUGGCAAGCCCGAAAGAAGCGCCAUCCAGACGCUCAUCACCAAGCGCUCCACCGCCGUGCGAAAGAAGCUCCAGCGCGUCCAGGCCUACCAGCACCUCGACAAGUCCCAGCUCAACCCCGACCAGGUCCGCAACCUCACCGCCAAGCCAACCUACGAGGCCCUCCACAGCGAGCUCCAGGAGCUCGGCAGGGGCAUCGACGCAAUCGAGCGCGAGGAAAAGGAGGCCGCCGACGCCCGCGUGGCCGACGCAAAGAUCCGCGCCGAGCAGGCCGCCAAGGACCGCAUCCUCCUCCUCCUCCAGUUCCUCCACCUCUUCAACCUCUACUUUCCCAACCAGGCGCGCGACCCCACCUUUGCGCCCACCCAGCAGCUCCCCGCCGCUCUGCAGAACGCCACCGGCCAGCAGGUCGCCGCCCUCGGAAAGCUCUUUGACCAGCUCGCCAACGGACCGCUUCAGGGCGGCCACGGCGACGCCCUCGAGAUUCUCGCCAGCAUCGAAGCCGGGUCGCAGGAAGAGGUGCUGCCGGACGUCUCCUACGCCACGGUGCGUUCCAUGAUCCUCAAGCUGACUGCCCCUCCCGCCGAGGCCGAGGAGGCCGCCGACGUCGAGCAGCCCGCCCCGCUUGCCGACGCCGGCGAGACCGCCGCAGCGACCAGCCCCGUAGCCAAGAUGAACUUCAUGCAGGCCGACGAGGUUGGCGAAGAUGCAGUGGUGAACGACACCGUCCCCAGCGAGGCCAACCUGGAUCAAGGUCCGGAGCCGGAAGGAGGAGCACCGGAGCCCGUGCCGGCGGCCGAGGCAGCUACCGCGGCUGGCGAGGAGGCUGGCCAGGGCAUCGUCAUGGGCUCGGAGGAAGCCACAGAUGCUACGGCCGACGGAACGGCCGCCGCAGCCGUCGAAGAGCCCAUCAACCAACGAGAGGUCGAGCCCCGCAGCGAGACCGAGGAACCCAACGGCGAGACGAGUGCGGCAGCGACAGCGACGCCAGGCAAGGCCGCGGUGGGCGCAUCGACGGCCGAAUCGGGCUUCAACUGGGCCGACGACGCCGACGAUGGCGACCUCCCAGAGGCGCCCGUGUUCCCCAGCCUCAGCUCGGCCUCGGCGACGCAGUCCAACACCCCGGCGGAGAGCAGCACCCCGGCGCUCGACAGCAGCGCCACGACGGCCGCCAACUCGACGUCGACGCCAGCUGCGGCCAGGCCCAGCAACGACCGGGAGAGAAAGCCGCGCGACGGCCAAGCCGGUGGCCGUGGAGGAGGAGGAGGAGCGAGAGCGGGACAGAGGAACGGCCGUGGUGGCGGAGGGCAGGGACAUGGGGCGCGGGCCCCUGCUCCCAAGCCGCAGCCUGUCGUCGACGAGGACGGCUUCACGCUGCAGGAGAGCAAGAGGAGCAGGAUGCUGGCGCAGCAGCAGCAGCGCAGGCAGGACAGCUCGCGUGGCCGAGGCGGCCGCGGCGGUAGCGGCAGUGGUGCGAGGAUGGGUCGCGGCGGUGCCUCGGCUGGUGGAGCGGGAGGAUCGCCGAGGCAGAGCAACGGCGAGGGCGUGAGGGGCAAGGCACCAAGACGGGGCCGUGCCGCCGCCCCCGAAGGCGCCAACGCGAGCGCCAAGCCGGCGUGA